GUGUUAGUUUUUACUCGCAUUUGAGUACUGCGAAAAAAUUUUCUCUGUGUAUUCUGUGAUUGUUUUGACAAGGUCAGAGGGAUUUUCCUUCAACCGAACGCUAGUUUUUCAUUUCUAAUCUAAAAAGAAAUAAAAUUGCAAAAAAAACGCGUGGCGCGGCGUGAUCUCAAGAGAGUGAGAGAGGGCAGAGAAAAAGAGGGGAGUACGACUACGAGAGGAAGUUCUCGUGAGAAUCCGCGAUUGACGAAAGUGUGGGGAAUUCUUAUGCAAUUCCCAGCUCAAUCUGCACACUUGUUGGCAAAAUCAGCCCGGAGGUGAAUCGUAGAAGGCAUCGCGAUGAAUCGAUUAGUUUCCACUGGCCGUGGUGCAGUUCAGUCCGCAAAAAUGGGCUUCCGGAAAGUAACGCACGUCAUCUUCGACAUGGACGGUCUACUUCUUGACACAGAGACACUGUACACCAAAGUUACCCAAGCUAUUCUCGAUGAAUACGGUGGUGGUCAGACGUACACGUGGGACGUGAAGGUGUCAAUGAUGGGGCUGCAGCGAGAAGAAGUGGCCGAACGUCUCAUUGAACUGUACAAUUUACCUUUGACCCCGCAGCAAUACAUUGAUCUGACACAGGAUCACAUCCACCACUUGAUGGCGGAUUGCAAGCAAAUGCCAGGUGCUGAAAAAUUAGUACGGCAUCUGCAUGACAAUAAAAUUCCCAUUGCACUGGCCACGAGCUCAAGCAAAGAAUCCACAGAUGUAAAGACGGCCCAACAUAAGGCUCUCUUUGAUCUCUUUCAUCACAAAGUGAUGGGAUCAUCGGAUGCAGACGUGAAAAAUGGGAAACCAGCUCCGGAUAUAUUCCUCGUGGCUGCCUCGAGAUUCCCUGACAAUCCUAGUCCUGAAAAUUGUUUGGUAUUCGAAGACGCCCCAAAUGGGGUGAAAGCAGCCCGAUCGGCAGGGAUGCAAGUAGUCAUGGUGCCGGAUGAGCACAUUGGGGAGGAUCAAAAGAAGGAAGCAACUGUUGUUCUCAAAUCUCUGGAGGAUGUGAAGCUAGAAGACUUUGGUCUGCCGCCGCUACAUGCAUAAAGCACACAAAAUCCAUUAAAAAAAUCUUCGCACAUCCACCUGACACUGUAAAUCCCAGUUAGAAGAAAAAAACGGAUAUGAUAGAAAUAUAUUUUUCUCGUGGAAAA